ACUGUGGAUCGAGGCUUUCGUGAUCGGACCUGGAUGCAAGAUUAGAUUUGCGUAGACUCUCACAAAAUCAGCUUUAAUCUAGAUUAGGUACGCUUCAAACGGAUAAACGUUUACAUACACGGAUUUCUCCAUUGUAGCAGGGAGGUGAUAGCUCCCUAUUGUAGCAAGCACAUUAAACUGUGAGGUGCAAAGCAACUUUAAGAUAGGAUAUUGACUGAGUCAAGAUCUGUAGUUGGACAAUGGAAUUGGGACUAUUUAAAGUUGAAAGAUUGAGAGACGGCUUGAUAUGCUUUGCUGUCUUCCUUUUGGCGAAAUGGCUUCUAGGUUCCAAAACUCGGAAGUCGAAGCUUCCGCUGCCUCCUUCGCCACCGGGUCUCCCGUUGAUCGGCCAUCUUCCGAUGUUCCGCCGAGACUUCCGCAAAGUCUUUCGAGGACUCAAGGAAAAAUACGGUAGUGUCUUCUCGAUCCGUGUAGGACCCCAGAGGACUGUGGUGAUGAGCGAAAUUGAUGCAGUGAAAGAAGCUUUCGUGAAUCAAGCCGAGGCAUUCUCAGACCGGCACAUGCCCCCUUUGCUCAAACAAGGUCUCGGUUCCGCUGGUAGUUUUGCGUUUGAUAACGGGCCUGUGUGGAAGGCCCGGCGUCGAUUUGGCCUGAGUGCGAUGAGGACGUUCGGUGUUGGGAAGUACAGCAUGGAGCAACGGAUCAUAGAAGAGGCAAAAAUGCUUUGUGAGACCAUCGAGAAUAACCAAGAAACCAGUUUUAAUCCCAAAGGACUUAUCACCCACUCUGUAUCCAGCAUCAUCUGUGGCAUAACUUUUGGACAAAGGUUUGAUUUGAAUGAUCCAGAAUUCAACGAUUUGAUCUCGAGAAUUCACAGUGCACUGUCAUCCAUCUCGUUUUUCACCGUGGGACAACUUUUCCCUUUUCUCCUCUACACGCCCCUAUACUCCAAAUUCCGAAAUCUCAUCUCCUCCCUCAAAACCCUAGUGACCCGCAUGGUCGAUGAACACGGGAAGACCCUCGAUGACCAGCAUAUCCGGGAUAUCAUUGAUCUCUACAUCUUGGAAAUUCGAGAGCAGAAAAAACGUGGAGAUGAGAUUGUGUUCGAUGAGACCAGGGUGUGGCGUGGGAUCUUUGACCUGUUUGCGGCGGGUACGGGGACCACGAGUACUACCUUGCUGUGGGGAAUUCUUUUGAUGGCGGCACAUCCAGAUGCCAUGGAGCAGGUGCAAAACGAGAUCGAUUGCGUCAUUGGAGAUCAUCGGCCACCGUCGAUGUCGGACAGAGAAGCAUUGCCGCUGACGAUGGCCACGAUCAUGGAAGUCCAAAGAUUCCGACCGGUGUCACCUCUUGGCUUUCCCAGAUUCACCAACAAGGAUGCCGAGGUCAAGGGGUACUCCAUUCCUAAGGGAACAGCUGCUAUCGUGAAUAUUUGGGAGCUCAUGCACAGUACGAAGUAUUGGGAGGAGCCUGACAAGUUCAAACCUUCACGAUUUAUGAGCGAUGAUGGAAGAAGCAUUAUCAAGCCGGAUGCAUUCAUUCCAUUUGGAAUAGGGAGCCGUGUGUGCUUGGGAGAGAUAUUGGCCAAGAUGGAAGUCUUCUUGACCUUCACUUGUCUCCUUCAAAGAUUCAUCUUUCGCUUGCCUGGGGAUUCACCGGCAAACAUAGAUGCCAUACCUGGUGUUGCAUUGAUACCGUAUGAUUUUCUGAUUAAGGCAGAGAAAAGAGUGUAAAUGUAAUUUUCUUCACCAA